AUGAAAGACAUAAUGGAUACUGCUCAAUACAUUCCUAUUGAAUUAUUAUUAUCUCGAAUAAUAAUUGAGUGUAAACAUCACUCCUUAAGUUUAAAUUGCCAUGACCAUGCAAGUAAUGAUGGAAACUUAACUGAUUACUUUGACACUGACGCAUACAAGCAAUAUUUCUAUUUUUCUAAAAUCCCUGAUGCAAUGGUUUUACAUUUUUAUAUUGAUGGGUUUAAAACAACAAAUCCACUUGGUCCACAUACACUGAUACAUAAAAUGGAAGCUCUUUAUAUGGCAGUGAGAAACAUACCUUCCAGAUUUAUUUCCAAAGAAUCUUCAAUUUUUCUGGUGGUUAUGUGGUAUGCAUUAGAUGCUAAAGAUAAAACUCGAUCUUAUGAUUUAAAUUUUGCCCCAUUAAUAAAUAUGUUGAAGCAAUUAGAAUCUAAUGAGGGUGUGCAAGUCUCUAUCUGCAAUCAAACAAUAAAAGUACGAGCAUCCCUAGCUCUUUUUUCUGCUGAUAAUUUGAAAUUCUGUAGAUUAUGUGAAGUAACAAAGGAAGAAAGUCAAGUCAAAUUCCUUGAGACUGAUUAUGUUAAACGAACUAAAAAGUCUUAUAAUCAUUCAGUUAAUUCAGAUGGUCAACCUGAUUAUAAGGAGUCUGAAAGCGGAAUUAAACACGGGUGCAUUUUUAAUGAGCUAAAGUACUUUCAUGUUAUGAAAAAUUUUGCUGUUGAUGCAAUGCACGAUUUAUUAGAAGGGAUAGUUCCUACUGAAAUAAGUGAUGUUUUAGGUAGUUUAAGUGCUGAUGGGUAUAUAUCUCUAAGCGAAUUUAAUGUGUUGUUGACUGAAUUUAAUUUUGACUCUUCUGCAGAAAUAGUCGACUCACAACUUUUGCAUCUUUUGAACGAUUAA